AUGGAUAUAAAAAUGAGAAUCCUUGUUUCAACGCAGGUGGGAUCGAUAGCGCCAAUGGUCACAGAGAAGCAAGGAAGAGCGCUUGACGUGAUAAACGUGAUAGAAGUUAAGGAACUGGAACUGCCAAAAUCCUCAAAGAUCUCGUUCCGCUCCAUACGAUUACCAAAUUCUUCAAAGGUUUCGCCCAACGAGAACCUUUUAGAACCGACACAGAUGGCUCCGUCACAUCCGAAGAUCUCUGCUCUAUAA